AGCUUCCUUCAAGAUGCUGGUGGUCCUAAUAACGCUGGUUGUGCUGGCCCUGAGCACAGCUCAGAAUUCAAAUCGAGGAUUUGUGGUUUCCAGCCAGAGAGAGAGACUACCCUCUUCCCAGCAAGACCCUGUUCCUAGGCAGAACCAGGACUACCAAUCGCAGCAGGAGCAAUGGGACCAACAAAGUCUUCAGCAGUCACAGCAGGAGAGGCAAAAUCUGAAGGAGAGAAAUCAGGAAGCACAGAGGCCACCAGCACAGAGGCCACAGCAGCUACCACGAGAGCAGCAACGACAGCAGAGACAACGGGGAAACUGGCAACAACGAAGAACCUAGGGAUCUUCUCAAGGCCAGUUUGACUGGUAA